AUGAGCGUGGUGGGAUUCGACGUCGGGAAUGAGAACCUGGUCAUCGCCGCCACCAGGCAGCGGGGGAUCGACGUGUUGCUCAAUGGCGAGUCCAGCCGCGAGACGCCGGCGGUGGUGUCUUUCGGGGAGAAGCAGCGGGCCAUCGGGGCCGCCGGCGAGGCGUCCGCCACCAUGAACCCCAGGUCCACCGUCUCCCAGGUCAAGCGACUGAUUGGUCGCGCCUUCCGUGACCCGUCGGUGCAGGAGGAGCUCCGCCGCCUCCCCUUCCCAGCCUCGGAGGCCCCUGAUGGUGGGGUGCUCGUGUGCGUUAGGUAUCUGAAUCAGGAGAUGGUGUUCACACCGGUGCAGAUUCUGGCUAUGCUGCUGUCUCAUUUGAAGCAGAUCGCAGAGAUGGCACUUGAAGGGCCUGUGUCAGAUUGCGUUAUCGGGAUCCCGUCUUAUGCCACUGACCUACAGCGGAGGGCGUACCUUGAUGCGGCGGCAGUUGCCGGCCUGAGGCCGCUGCGAUUGAUGCAUGAUGUUGCCGCUACGGCACUCGGGUACGGUAUCUACCGAAUGGAACCUCAGUUCACAUCAGCUGCGGGCGGCGGACGCGCCACAUGCGUUGUCUUCGUUGACAUUGGACACUGCGACACGCAGGUGGCGGUUGCCGAGUUCGAGGUCGGGCAGAUGAGGAUUCUCUCACAUGCGUCCGACGCGAACCUUGGAGGGAGGGAUUUCGACGAGGUGCUUUUCAAAUACUUUUCGAAGCAGUUCAAGGAACAAUACAAUAUGGAUGUGCACUCCAAUCUCCGUGCUAGCAUUAGAUUGAGGGCGGCGUGUGAGAAGCUUAAGAAGGUUCUCAGUGCUAACGCGGAGGCUCCGCUCAAUAUUGAGUGUUUGAUGGACGAGAAAGACGUUAGGGGUUUCAUAAAGAGGGAGGAAUUUGAGAGGCUGUCGUCUGACCUACUGGAGAGGAUUCUGGUGCCAUGCGAGAAAGCCUUAUUUGACGCAGGUUUGAGUCUGGAUAGGGUCCACUCCGUGGAACUUGUUGGAUCAGGAUCACGGGUACCAGCUAUAACAAGGUUGUUGUCAAGUCUCUUCGGGAGAGAGCCCAGCCGGACACUGAAUGCCAGUGAGUGUGUUGCUCGGGGUUGUGCGCUUCAAUGUGCUAUGCUUAGCCCAACUUUCAGAGUGAGAGAUUAUGAGGUACGCCGGUAAAUAUUUUUUUAUCUAUGCUAGUUGCUCGAUUGGUAGAGACGCAUGCUUUAUUCAUAAUUUUGAUUUAAUUCAUGUACCCUUUAUCCUCUUUCCAAGUCUUAAGGGGAGCCUAAGCAUGAAAUGAAUUCACUACUCUUCUAAUCCUCCCAGAGAAAACAAGAGAGUUCAGUCAUUCAUUUUCAUCAGUUGUUUUAAUGAGCUUCGCACAGAUGUUUAGUUCUGUUGGAGUCGUGUUUUUUCGUUUAAAGUACAAAGUUGAAAGCAUUUUGAUCAUAAUUUGUUUAUCUUGACUUAAUUUUUCCAUCGUUUUUUUUCCGGAGUAAUACUUUUAGAUAUUUUUAACAAAGUUAUUCACCAUUAUCAUAUGUGUGAGUUUUGAAAUGUAUGAAUGACUGAAAGGAAAGAGGAAGGUUAAGAAUGCUAAGAAUGACAGAGAAUCCAUUUUAGGUGGUUCUGGUCCUCUAUGAUCAAGUAGAUGGCUUUUAUCUCAUUACUAGUAAAUAUUAUUUUCAAUCUGGCUAUUUUCGUCUAAAAAAAUUACUUAUGUAGGUGAUGUGAUAUAAAUGGGUUUAUCUGUCAGGCUUCAUGAUGGACGUAGGAACAAAUCCUUGUCAGACAGAAGGUGUGAUUACGACGGUGUAAUAGUCGUUUUUCCAUCACAGCAUCUUAUGGGGAUGUAGGGAUGAAGUUGGUUGAAGUCUACAUUCCGAAGGGACCUCAAUGUGGAAAGGGCUGGCUCAGAAAUCUUCUGCUUAAUCUGGAGGAUAUGGCUUCUGUUCUACUGGAGGACAUAAGCAUUGAGAUUGGGGGAUUAACGGCAGAUUAUCUGUAAAAUAUGCUUCCGUAUUCGUAUUAGAUGUCAGAGGAAGGUGUUCCUCGGCAUGUUCUGCUUAGAGCACAUGCUCUCCCUACUAAAUGUAUAGUUUUAGUGACCGUCAUGAAUGAGGUUUCCCAACUGUCAACUACUUAUUUCACAGAGGGGAUUACAACUGUCUGCUUCUUAUGUGAUGAGGAUAAUAAGCUGGAUCAUUAUUAGAAUAUUCUCAUCAUGCUUGAAAGGAGAUCUUUUAAAAGGCAACUUUUGGACCCCAGGCAAUAUAGGCACCACUCUAUGCAUAACUGGAGGUGGAUUUCAGGAAGAAUGGUUGAUUUUUCAGGCUGAUUCUUUUCAUCAAAAUCAAACAUUCAGAUAGUAGUUGAGCAAUACUAGAUUCUGUGACAAGUUAUGUCUAAAAGAGGUUCCCUCAUGUGAACUUGUUCAACUGAGGCAUGUUUUGAGGUCAAGAGACCAUGGUUUUUGCUUAGUUUCUAGCACUAGAUUUAGAAUCUACCUCAGGUUAUGGGGACAGACUGAUUAUCCUUGCUUCUCCCAUUUCAUCAAAUAAUGAUUUAGUUUGCUAUUUCACUGACAAUUGGGUAAGCUACCUUGUCACAGGUGGCCUUAAUACUUUGUGCAAUGAUUUGUGGUGGAGGAUCCGCAGUGCUUUAGAAUUCUUGUGUUUGUUCAAUAAUUAUUUUUUGCAAGAUUUUAUCUCAUAAAAUGGUGGAAAAUUAAUUAUGGGGACUGAAUUUGUGUAGUCUGGGUUUUUAUUCCUUGUGACUUAAUCAAAAUAAACGGUCCGUAAUUAUUAGCAGAUCAAAUUUGAAGGCAACGUACAGAGGCUAUGGUCAGACUACGCUGUAGAUAUAGCAAACAUGCAUAUGAAGUAUGAAGUUUUACCAGAACCUUGGUUGCUUUUUUGGCUCAAUUUCAAAAUAUACAGGUUCUUGUCCUUUUUGACUGUGUCAAAUAAAUAAAGUGGAAACUUGCCUUGUUAGAUGGGUUUUUUUGCAUGAUUUUAAUUGGUACAUAUUAUAAUCUUUGAUUAUUUCAAGCAGAUAGCUAUUUCACAUUGCAUCCUUGGUCAUUAUGUGCUGAUAUAAUCUAGUUCUAAUUACUUGCUUUUGUUUACUUCAGGUUCAAGAUUCAUUUUCUUUCUCUGUUGGUUUCUCAACGGGUGAGGGUGCUGCAUACCCAUUGUCUCGGAAUGUAAUUUUUCCAAGAGGCCAACCAAUUCCAAGUGUUAAAAUGCUUACUUUUCAUCGAAAUAACACAUUUCAUCUGGAAGCAUUUUAUGCUGAUCAAAGUGAGCUCCCUCCUGGUGUCUCUGACAAGAUUAGCCAUUUUACGGUAUGCCUUCACAUGCGUUAGAAGCUGAUAGACAAUAUUAUCUAAUAGAAAGUAUGUUACCUUCUUUUGUAUAUUGUCGCUAUGUAAACACAACAUUUCUUUUCAAAAUGCUACUAGGUUUGUGUGCCAACUUUCUUGUCCUCAUUUUGCGGAAACAAGUAGGACACGCUAGAGAUCCAGAUAUAUAUCAAGUUGUUGCUCAUUUUAAUCUUGAGACAAUAGCAGAGUUGAGAGGAAGGAUAACUUAGCUUGUGCUGCUGCUUGCUGCUUUUCUUGUUUACUGUGUUUCGAAGGGGUACUCCUUUGGUCUUCCCUUCGAAGCCUAUCCUUCCUCUCAACAGAGAGGGUGAUAUUUGGAUACUCCUCGUGAUAGACUAUUGAUAUUUUAUAUUAGAAAUUUAAUGGCAUUUCACUGUUUCUGUGUGUGGACUGAACAUCUUUUUCGAGCUUAAGUACAGAGCAUUUGAGGUCAAUCAACCUAUUUCCUUUUUUGUGAUGAUUGGUGGGAAAUAAAUCAAUGGGAGUUCGAACGGUAUCUCCUCAGCGUUUCUGUCAUCAUUUCUUGAGUACAUGGGCUGAUCACAAGGUCGUAUACUUCGUGAGAGGACUUGGUACUGGAAACUAAAAAAUCGAGAGUUUUUUUCCCUAUUAUGGGUCGUUGUCCCUUUGUCCUAUUUUGUGUGACAAAUAGAGUUGGCAAGUAUCUUUUGUUUUUUAUAUUGUGCUAUUGUCUGUGUAGUUAAAGAAUAAUUCUGUCUUCUUCACUUAUGUACGGUCCACCAUUUCUUGAUUCAAAGCCUUUUUUUUAAACCAUUUCGCAGGAAAAAAUAAUUUCUUACUGCCUAACAAUACGUAGAAGCUGAUUUUUCUGUUGUGCAGAGAUACAAAGGGAGACCUUAGGAAUUGAAUGUAACAGUGCCAUCGGGCACCAAAAGGAGACAAAUGGAGUGAGAAGGGAGCAUAUGGGUUUUUAUGGUUCGAUUUAGCUGAUUGUUGGUCAGCUGAAUCUCAAAACGAGAAGAAAUAGGAGAUUUUUCCUACAAAAAGUAAAAACUAGUCAUCUUAUAUUUGCCUGCUUGACAAACCGUUUCUCUGUGAAAGAUGAGAAACCCUAAAAGACUAUCACAUUUAUGUAGAUUUAAAUGCACUUUUGGCCUCACGUCGUUCCAACUGCUGGUUAGAAAUAAUCUCGCUUUCAGAUCUCCUCAUAAUGUGUGAAAGACCAAGUUGUGGGGCUCCUAUGGAGUUUUAGAUUUUUACGUUCUACCAAGGUUUAGAUGAGUAGCGGUAGGAUGCUUAGGAUGUGAAUUCUUUGUACGUUUUUCAUUGGCUUUUUCUUGGAAAACUUACUAUACAUGGGUUCGGUACGAAAAGCCUUAAAGUUUGCAUGGCUAACCAGAGAUGAUAUCAACCAUACUGGGUAAAAUAAUGGCCUAUGAUAAAGGUUUAUAGAGUGACGCCAUAGAGCCAGAAAGUCCUUGGAUCCUGAAUUUCUUUUAUCACAGGGAUAUGAAGCAACACUAUUUAAGGAAGAAGAUCCACCUAAAAGAGAGAAAAGGCCUGUAGCUGUUUCACUGUAGUUUACUGUGAAAUUCCUAGGAUCGAUCUCAAGUAUGCAAUAUAAACUAUCAAUCUACAAACAUGACUGGCUGAUCAGUCAAUUCUAGGCCAAAUAUGAUGAUUCUUUUUGCAGUUGUGUAUUUCUUAUUCAGUCGGGAUUAAUAAAUACAUCCUUAAUCAUUAGAGAGGAAAUUGAGAAUUUGGCUGGCCUCACUCGAUAUAGGAUGAUUCAGGGCUAGGCUGAAUCCCUUUUUUUUAAGGAAGAAACAUGGGCAACAAUAACUGAAAUUCCAUGCUAAAUAACAAGAGAUGAGGAAAAAAUAGAGAAGAGUAGAGGAAAAAUUAUUAACUACAUCUUUUUCUUAUUGCUACUUCAUGUUGCAGCUUCUGUUGUCACAUAUACCCUUAGAAAAAGGGAAUCUUACGUUUAAAAUCGAAAUUGGUGUUUAACUUAUUCAGUCAAAAUGAAGAUUGGACUUUGCCUCCAGAGACAUGAUCCUCAUCGUAUAACCAUUGAGAGCUUGUAGAGUAUUUUUUAUCUUGUGGAAAACUCUGGUUAGUCAAUAUUUCUAUACAACUGAUGUUUAAGGAUGCAAAUCGAAGUAGAAUGCUUAAUAGAUCUAUGCACAAAAGAUAUAGUUGGUGUUGUAGCUUGCCAAUAUAAUGCUUGAGAUCUAGUGCGUCCGGUAUUCUCUAUGGGAGUAAAUUUUUCAAGCCAAAAGGAAAGGUAAUCGAAGGAAUCUAACAUGAGGGCGCAAACAUUGGUGGAAAAAACAUACAUUGUGCGUUCGUUUGAGAUGUCUUAGUCUUUGUUAAGGAUGUAAAUUCUGCAUUGUUCACUGUGGAUCACUGUAUGCGUAAGCCUGAUAUAGUUGCCACCUUUGGCUUGGAACAUUCAAGAAUUACUAAUGUUGAUUCUCAGCAGAGGUUAGGAUGUUGUUAGGAUUUGUCAAGAUAAUUCUAUACCAAUUACUUUAUACAAAUUUUAUUAUAAUGAUAAAUUCAUUGUAAAGAAUACUAAUCACCUGAGAAUAUUGAUCCUUGGUAAAGAUUUUAUGCUAUACAUGCCUUUUUACGCUAUACAUGCCAUCUCAUUUUUGUGUGCGGAAAUUCUACUGUCAAUGUGGCUGGUUUUUAAGCAUUUCGUUUUCUCUUUUAUGGUAUAUCUAUAUUCACAUUUUAAAUUGUUCAGUAAGCAUAAUCAUUAUUCAUUGAAUCAUACAGUUAUUUAAUUAAAGAAAAGGAAGCAAGAAACAAUAGACCUGGAAACAUAUUAUGCAAAGGAUGUGUCUAUCUGAUUUCCUUGUUGGUCUCUAUUGAGCUAGCCUUGCUAUUCUCUGAUUAAAAAAGGCAUUUAUAUUUUCAAUCCCCGGACUUUUUGACGAAAUGCUUGUGUUGCAUAUGAAACCUGCCCAUGAAAUAAGUUACUGUCCAUAAUUUUGUUCGGGACACUUCAUAGAAUGUCACAAAUGAACUUGACACAAUGUUUUCUUUGAUGGAGAAUAAGGACUUUACUUUUAGUUACAUUAAAUCCAGUAUCAUUUAAAAUUUGAACCUGACAUAUAAACAUACAAGGCAUUUUUUAAUCAGUGAAAACAUACUAUGUGACUCUAGUUAGUAUCUUCAUGGAUUCGCAGCCUAAUUCUAUGGCCGAAUUGGAUUUCGGAGUUUUCAUGUGGCUAGGGAAUGAUAUCUUUCUAUAAACUCGGUGGCUUCUUUCUCCAACAACUUAGAAUAUGGGCUAUGACUAUUUUUAUGAUCUUUUGUCCUACACUAAAUCAUUAACUCAAAGGGAUAAAGUUCAUAGUUGAGAAGAUGGACUUGAUGCUAUGUGCACUCGAAUGUAGAGUUGCCGAUGCUGAAUGCUGAAAAAAGAUUUUAUCAGUUAACAGGUUGCCUUUGCCAGGGACCAUUGCUGCGCCUUGUUACAGUUAACGUCUGAUUAUACGUUUUGUCAUAUCUGUCUCGUAUCAAACUACUUUUCAUCUUAAACAAAUAUGAGUUGAAUGCAAUAUUACGAAAAAAGUUUAUCAGUUUUAUGCUGGUCAGGUAUCAGUUACCAAGGAUGCAUUCAGUGUUUCUUUUUGUUCAGAGACAAAUUUAAACGUGGAUCUCUUAUUUAUGCAGAUUGGACCUUUCCAAGGUUCACAUCAUGAAAAGCAUAAAGUUAAGGUUAGGAUGCGAUUAAAUCUUCAUGGUAUUGUUACCGUUGAAUCAGCAUCAGUAAGUGGAUAUUGCUAUAUAUUUUUUUCUCAAUGGUUACUAAACACGGAUUCCAUUUGUACAUUAUCAUGACUAAUUGUUUCUACCACUUAGUUCAUUGAAGAUGAUGUGAACGAUCCGGUCCUGAGGGCAUCAAAUUUCUCAGCUGUGGAAGGUACAGAACCUGAGUUUAUUCCUGUAGCACCUGAUGCACAAGCUAGUAAUGUUGAAAAUGGUAACUUUUCACAGCAUGAAUCUGGACUACACCCUCCUGUAAGUUCUACCAAGUAUUGUAUACCAAGUGUUGUUCUCCCUUUCAACCCUCUUUUUUUGCAUGUAACUUCCGAUUGUUAUUUCCUGAUAUGAAUCUCCUCCACGUGUUUCUGAUGUACCUUUUCUAUAAAAUGGUUAAUUGCCGGCUGCCAUGUGAUAUUUUUGUUCCGUAGGUUUUUUUGCCUUGGAGGAUUUCUGUAUAACUUUUUUUCUUAACGUGCAUUUCUUCCAGAGGAUUAAAUGUCGUUGUUUCUGGAACAUUAGCGCAUUACACUGGUUGAUGUUAUCAAGUGCCACGUUGGAUUCACCUGCUUCAAACCAGCUAGGGGCCCAUGCUCUCUGGUGGUAUACAUAGAGUAUAAUGUAGUUCCACCUGUUCAUAAGUUGAGUUUACAAAGGAUUCUACCACCUACUGUAAAAUCAAUGACACAUUUUAAAAAAUUUAUGCUGAAGAAAUCUUCGUUUCGGUAUGAAUAUUUAAUAUAUCUAGGAAAUAGUAUACAUGUAGAAGGACUUGAAAAUUCAUGUUGAUCUAUCUGGAAGAACCUUGGUAUGCCGUGUAAUAUCAUGGGGGUAAUGGAGACGAAAUAAUCUCUGAUGCAAACAGCUGCUGUCAAUGACUGCGAACAUGUUUUCCAGGAAAUGAAGAAAUGGGGAAAUAAUCCUGUCAAUUAUUCGAGGUCUUGCCAUGGGAAUGUUUUGUUCUAAACUUCAGAGACUCAGCUGCACAAGAACCUGGUUUAGUGCUCUCCCUCCCUCCAGGAGUCACCUGGGAACUAGUGGAAGCAAACCAGCGUUAGUUUGUGCGUGAGGAAAAAGGCCGAACACAGUAUGAAUGAUAGAAGUCCCCUUUAGAGAAGUGCAUGGAAAUUUAGGAAGAAUGAAGAUGAGUGGUCUGUUCAUAUUGAUGCCUUUCUCUUUCCUUCCAUGUUGUGGGUUCGAGGUGUUGGGGAUCUUAAAUAUAGUUCUGGUCGUUGCGUGUUUGGUAGGGAUUUCAGAUCCUUCUGAUGACAAUGAAUAACCAUAAUAUAUACAUAAUUAUCUUGCAGUAUAUUGGCUCAAAAUCCUGAGAAGUAUCACCUACACUGUCCGAUACCCUUUUGAGAGAUGCAGGUUGAGAUCACAACGGUGUAUUACUAUUUAAUGUUCUUAAUAAUAAUAACAAAACCAUGGCUCUUACUAAUUCUUUUGCCUCUAAAUUGUUUCAUAUAUCAAUAACAGUGUGCAUGGUUGCUAUACUCGGCUUACGCCCAUUGCCUUGUUGUACAGUUAUUUACACCAUGAAAGGGAGUUAGUAGGAGAUGAAACGGGAGAUUGUCUUUCUGUGCAGGCUGAUGGAAGCAGAGUGCAUCGGUCGUCGAGAAGACUUGAGAUCCCUGUUGCAGAGACUGUGUAUGGUGGGAUGACCAGGGCAGAGCUAUCAGAUGCUCAAGCACAGGAACUCCACCUGGAGAAUCAUGACAGAAUGGUAGAACGAACCAAGGACAAGAAGAAUGCCGUGGAGGCGUAUGUAUAUGAGAUGCGUAACAAGGUAUGGCCCUUGUGAAAUUUCAGUUUAUGCAAUCAUUUUCUCCUGACUGAUCUGAUCGGAUAUGAGCCACAAGAUAUUAGCCCUAAAGGUGGAGACUGUUCUAACUCUUACCUGUUACCCCCCACUUUGCAACAGCUUUUUGACGAGUACCGAAGCUUUGCCAGCGAUUCAGAGAGACAAGAGAUUUCUAGAAACCUCCAGCAUACGGAAGACUGGCUAUAUGAUGAUGGGGACAAUGAAUCCGAAGACGUCUACACCAACAAAAUUGAGGAAUUAAAAAGGGUUCUCUCUCUCUAUCUCUCUCUCUCUCUCUCUCUCUCUCUCUCUCUCUCUCUAUCUUAACAUGCAUUGUAUUACAUCAGGUCUUCUAAUUUCUCUGGGUCUCUCUGUCUCUCUUCCUGUCAACAAAAUAGCUUGUAGACCCCAUUGAGAUGAGGUUCAAGGAGGAGGAAGCCAGAGCGCAGGAAGUGAGGGAGUUUUUGAACUGUAUUGUUGACUACAGGAUGGCUGUUCAGUCCUCUUCAAUUUGCUGCAGAGAUGCAGUAAAGCCUCCUCCUCAUGCGCUAUUAACUAUCCCUCCAGAGUUGCUACUAACUAUCCUUUCAGCAUCUGACCACUUUCUCGGCAUUGCAGGUGCUCAAAGAAUGCAGCAGAGCUGAGCAGUGGCUGAGGGAGAAGACCCAGCUGCAGGAGUUGUUGCCCAGAAACGUUGACCCUGUCCUGUGGUCAGCCGACAUUAAAAGCCAGAUAGAGUCCUUAGACGCGUAAGUUCUCCCCCUCUCUCUCCCUCCCUCCCUCUCUCUCUCACUUCCUUCGUCCUAAGAGUGUUCUUCUGCGUCGUCUCCACAGGUCAUGUGAGGAAAUAAUGAAGAAGAGUGGCUCUCAAACCGGGCCUGAGGAUCGCAGUGGUGCAGAAUAUCGGUAA